GAGGAGGUGGGGUCAGAUCCUGAAGCAUAAAAGCAUUGGCAGGAGUCACGGCGGCACAGCCCUUCCAGAGAGAGGCAAGAGAGGCCAAGAUGAGAGCCCUGGGAGCUGUUGUCACCCUCCUGCUCUGGGGACAGCUUUUUGCUGACUUGGGAAAUGAUGCCAUGGAUUUUGAAGAUGACAGCUGCCCAAAGCCCCCGGAGAUUGCAAAUGGUUACGUGGAGCAUUUGGUUCGCUAUCGCUGCCGACAGUUCUACAGACUACGGACCAAAGGAGAUGGAGUGUAUACCUUAAACAGUGAGAAGCAAUGGGUAAACACAGCUGCUGGAGACAGACUCCCCGAGUGUGAGGCAGUGUGUGGGAAGCCCAAGCAUCCCGUGGAGCAGGUGCAGCGCAUCAUCGGUGGUUCUAUGGAUGCCAAAGGCAGCUUUCCCUGGCAGGCCAAGAUGGUCUCCCGCCAUGAACUCACCACGGGGGCCACGCUGAUCAGCGACCAGUGGCUGCUGACUACAGCCAAGAACCUCUACCUGAAUCACAGUGAGGAUGCGUCUGCCAAGGACAUUGCCCCUACCUUGAAACUCUAUGUGGGGAGAAAGCAGCUGGUGGAUAUUGACAAGGUGGUUCUCCACCCCAACCGUUCUGUGGUGGACAUCGGGCUAAUCAAGCUCAAGCAGAAGGUGCCUGUCAACGAGAGGGUGAUGCCCAUCUGCCUGCCUUCCAAAGACUAUGUGGCACCGGGCCGCAUGGGCUAUGUGUCCGGCUGGGGGAGGAACGCCAACUUCAGGUUUACUGAUCGCCUCAAGUAUGUCAUGCUGCCUGUGGCCGACCAGGAGAGCUGUGUGCGGCAUUAUGAGAACAGCACAGUGCCUGAGAAGAAAGCCCCCAAGAGUCCUGUUGGGGUACAGCCCAUCUUGAAUGAGCACACUUUCUGUGCUGGCUUGACCAAGUUCCAGGAAGACACGUGCUAUGGUGACGCUGGCAGCGCCUUUGCCGUUCACGACGUGGAGGAGGACACGUGGUAUGCAGCAGGGAUCCUGAGCUUUGACAAGAGCUGUGGUGUGGCCGAGUAUGGCGUGUACAUGAAGGUGGCUGACAUCCUGGACUGGAUUCGGGAAACCAUGGCCAAGGAGUAGUGCAGGGCUGACUGGAAGGCUAUGCUCGGCAGCCCAGGUUGGGAGUCACUGUCUGAGAGCCCAGUUGACCAUGGAGGAUGGGGAAGUGGAGGGGUUGGGGACACAAUCUGUGGGGUGUCAGCCGAUAAUAAAGAACUUGCUUCUGACCCA